GUGAGAUUGAAGUGUUAUUUGUUUCUGCAACACUCUAAAACAAAGACAUGAAGGGAACUCUAAGAUACUUAGCAGGAAUGGCAGGCCCUAGUGGUUUUGGCUCAAACUCAACCGCUGAACAAGUCACUGAAGAUUCUUCUUGCUUCCUUCCCUCAUCUCUAACAGCUCUCAUCACUGGGGCAAGUUCUGGUAUUGGAGCUGAAACAGCUAGAGUGUUAGCAAAGAGAGGAGUGAGAGUUGUGAUUGGUGCAAGGGACUUGAAGAAGGCCAUGGAAGUGAAAAAGAACAUUCAGAAGGAGAGUCCAAAGGCUGAGGUGGUUCUGUUGGAGAUUGAUCUUAGCUCUUUUGGUUCUGUACAGAGAUUUUGUUCCGAGUUCUUAGCUUUAGAACUUCCCCUUAAUAUUCUCAUAAACAAUGCCGGGAUAUUUUCUCAAAACUUGGAGUUCUCUGAGGAUAAAAUUGAGACCACAUUUGCUACAAAUUACUUAGGUCAUUUUUUGUUAACAGAAAUUUUAUUAGAGAAAAUGAUAGAGACAGCAGAGAAGACAGGUAUUGAAGGAAGAAUAAUAAACGUUUCUUCUGUCAUACAUAGCUGGGUGAAGAAAGAUGGUUUUGGUUUCAACGACAUACUGAGUGGAAAAAAAUAUAAUGGCACACGCGCUUAUGCUGAGUCAAAAUUGGCAAAUAUUUUGCAUGCCAAAGAAAUAGCCAAGCAACUCAAGGCAAGGAAUGCAAGAGUAACUAUCAAUGCAGUACAUCCAGGCAUUGUGAAGACAGGAAUUAUUAGAGCUCACAAGGGCUUAUUAACGGAUUCCCUGUUUUUUAUCGCAUCAAAGUUACUCAAAACAACAUCACAGGGUGCAGCAACUACGUGUUAUGUUGCUCUGAGCUCAAAAACAGAAGGGAUAAGUGGAAAAUACUUUGCAGAUUGUAACGAGAGUAAAUGCUCGAGCCUAGCAAAUGACGAGAUGGAAGCACAAAAGCUAUGGAACAACACCCAUGCCUUGCUUCACAAACGACUACGUCAAGCAACAAUUUAAAGCAAUUCUCUUUUUGAAGACAUCAUGUAUAUUAGGUUAUUCAUUUACCUUAACCAGCAGGCACAGCUCAAGAUUUGAUCUUUAAAGGCACCCUAAAACAUCAUAAUCAUGAGGCACUACUGUUAGUAGCCUUUCCUGUGUAGCUCCAUUUUUAUUAUUUGUACA